GCAAAGUGAAGGAAGCUCAAAACCUCAUCGCUAAAGGAGCCGACCCUAAUAUUGGGAAUGAUUUCAAUCAGACAGCUCUGCAUUAUGCUGCUAAGAAAGGUCACGGAGGUGUCGCUGAUGUACUUCUUAAGAAUGGAGCUAACGCUGAUAUUGGAGAUGAUUUGAAUACCACAGCUCUUCAUUUUGCUGCAUUAGAAGGUCACAAAAAUGUCGCUGAGGUUCUCCUCAACAAAGGCGCCAAUAUAGAUAUCAUGAAUCAUUUGAAUAAUACACCUCUUCAUUAUGCUGCUGAGAAUGGUCACAAGAAUGUUGCUGAACUUCUCAUCAAAAAAGGAGCCAAAGUUGAUAUUAGAAAUGCUUCGAAUCUAACACCUCGUCAGUUAGCUGUUAACCAUGGUACUGCUGACUAA